AUGGAGCAUAAUUCCGCGUUAUGUGAGAACAAGGGUGAGAGAACUUCGGGUCACGAGAACACGGAAAUUCACGAGGGUAAAGAAGUCGUGAAUGAAGUGGAGGUGAAACAAAUGAAAAACGAUUCAGCGUUCACAACAACUGUCAUAAAGAAUGGAAGUGAGGUCAAAGUAGACCAAAACGUGAUUCUUCUAUGUAAAAAGGUGCGAGUGUGUAACCCGAAACAGAUACACAGAUGCAUUGAAACGACUGCGUUCUUCGAUGCCGGGUGUCAGCGAACAUUCAUAUCAGACAAGUUAUUCAACGAUUUGAAAUUGACCGCUGAAAAGAAGGAAAAUAUAUCAAUUGCAGUGUUUGGAGAAGAGAUACCAAAAUCCUAUGACCCAAAGCAAGUGAAGCUAUUGCUACAAUUGAACGAAGGUAAUAUGAAGGAAAUUAGAGCUGCCACGGUACCAAUUCUGACCAAAAAAUUAGAAAGAGUAGCAAAAGGUGCGAUUAGCGGUAAGGAGAAAGGUGAACAACAAUUAAACAUUUCCACCAUCUGGGAAAAGCCCGAAAUAGUGAUAGGAAUGGACUACUUUUUCGACUUAAUUGAAGGAUUCGAAAAGUUAGCCUCCGAACAGAAGAAGGCAAAUGGUGGCAUGGACCGGAGUGGCUGGGACAAUCCGAAGACAACUGGCCAAAGUGGGAAAUCACAGCAAAGACAGAUGACUCAAUUGCAAACGAAAUUGAAGAAGCAGAAACGUAUCAAGAAAGAAAUGUGA